CCUUGGAUAUCGUAGUUUUCUUUAUUAACAAACUAUUGGAGUCUUAGGCGAAUGAGACUACACUUCCCAUCAUGACCCGCACGACGCGGGGUUUUUUUUCUAAGCUGUUCACGAGAAACUAAGGUACAGUCAGCAAAGCGGUAAAUGAUUCCGGAAGUGGGCUAGCGGAGUAACAGCCGGUCCUUGUAGGACGCGCCAGGGCAAGAUCGUUAGAAAUGGCCGGGGAAAUGACGGUGUUGGGUUCUGCUAUUUUGACCCUUUUACUAGCUGGAUAUCUAGCCCAACAGUAUUUACCUAUGCCCACGCCAAAAGUAAUAGGAAUUGACCUUGGUACCACAUAUUGUUCAGUUGGAGUGUUCCUUCCUGGUAAAGGACAGGUGAAAGUUAUUCCAGAUGAAAAUGGACACAAUAGCAUUCCAAGCAUAGUGUCAUUUACUGAGAAUGAUGUGUGUGUGGGAUAUGAUGCACUAGAAUUAGCAGAUGCAAAUCCACAGAAUACUGUAUAUGAUGCCAAGAGAUUUAUAGGAAAGAUCUUCACUAUAAAGGAACUUUUAAGUGAAAGCAGCAGAUAUCCAUUUAAGAUUCUUAACAAUAAAGGAACUGCUGAAUUUUCUGUUGUAACCAAUGAGACUAUUAGGGUAACACCAGAAUAUAUUAGUUCUCAGCUUCUUUUGAAAUUGAAAAGGAUGUCAGAGGAUUUUCUUGGAGUGCCGGUCUCCAAAGCAGUUAUUUCAGUACCAGCAGAGUUUGAUGAAAGACAGCGCAACUACACAAUCAAGGCAGCUAGCCUUGCAGGUCUGGAAAUUUUGCGGGUAAUUAAUGAGCCCACUGCUGCAGCAUUGGCAUAUGGCCUUCACAAGGCUGAUGUAUCCAAUGUACUGGUAGUAGACCUGGGUGGAGGAACCUUAGAUGUUUCCCUGCUAAAUAAACAAGGAGGAAUGUUCCUCACUCGAGCUAUGGCAGGGAACAACAAACUUGGAGGGCAGGACUUCAAUCAACGGUUGAUGCAAUAUCUCUAUAAUGAAAUCCAUGAUACGUAUGGCUCUUUACCCUCUAGAAAAGAAGAAAUACAUCGACUCAGGCAGGCUGUAGAAUCUGUCAAAUUAAAUUUGACAGUUCAUACUUCUUCAACAAUCCAAAUUUCUCUUACUAUGCCGGAGAAGAAAGACCAGCAUGAAAAUUUGCAAAAGGAUAACAUACAUGAAAAUAAUUCUUCAGAAACUGAAAUGAAAGAGGCCAGGAAAGAUAGCUUUUCAAAAUCUCUUGAUGGCACAUGGAAAAUAAUUAGCUUUGAAACAGAAAUUUCUCGAAAACUCUUUGAGACAUUAAAUGACGACCUUUUUGAGAAAAUCCUUGUGCCCAUUGUACAGGUACUGAAAGAAGGACAUCUACACAAGGCAGAAGUAGAUGAGAUUGUAUUAGUUGGUGGUUCCACUCGAAUUCCUAAAAUACGUAAAAUUAUUACAGAAUUCUUUGGAAAGAAACCUAACACUUCUGUUGAUCCAGACCUCGCUGUUGUAACAGGGGUGGCAAUCCAAGCAGGAAUUGUUGGGGGAUCUUGGCCUCUUCAAGUUAGUGCUGUGGAAAUCCCAAACAGGCAUUUACGGAAGAAAAAUUUCAAUUGAACUUCAGUGUUCUUGCAUUAUUAUUUUUAAUACUAUCAACAAAGCAGGAUUCCAUUUGUUCAACUAAAUUAUAUUUGCAUGAUGCUGGACUUUCAGUGUACAUUAGUUCCUCCCCAUCAUUGAAGAGAUUCAGAAAUUGGAUUUUAAAAAAUAUUUCAUUUCUGCUUGAGUUAGGAGAACUGUGAGCUCAUUAUUUAAAGAAAGCCAAUGAUCAGAAGCUUCAUUUCUGAAACUUUUAUCAGAUUGUCCUGCUUUAAUAAUGAACAGAACCUCAAGACUUCAUUACUUGAAUAGGGAACAAAAUAAUUUGAGAGUAAUGAUGACAAUAGUGUUGCUAUUCUAUCCUGAUAUUUCUCAGGAGUUUGUAUUGAUUGGGCUUGGCCUGACAUGAAGCAGUAUUAAUAUAUAUCAGUGAAGUUCCUUUUAAAUGGCAUUUAAAAGCACUUUUCUUAACAUUGUGUUCAAGCCUGACUAUGUUUUAGGUACUGUCAAUUCUGUGUCUGUGUUCAUUAACACCAUAAACUUUGGGGAGCUACCAUUCUUAAUAUCUGAUUUAAUAAGAGGCAAUCUUAUAAGAGGCAUUGUACACAAUAUUUUCCCAUAUAGAAGUUGGCACUAGUUAACCAUUGCUGAGUAUAUGACAGAAUGGCCCUUUUUGAUAUAAUACAAAACUAUUGAGUAGUGUUAUAAAAAUGAGCCUUGGGUUCAUAUGCUCCCCUUUUCUCCAAUAAGGCCAUGAGGAGAUUAAAGUUAAUUGCUUCCGUUUUCAAUUUAUUGCAGUUUAGUGUUACACCUUAACCCUAAAUUAUGGUUAAUCCUAAUUAUGGCAUACUGAAACAUGUCUUCUUCAUAACCACUGUUUGAAAUUAGCUUUCUCCAAUAAUUCACAAUUCAAGCUGACCACAGUUAGUUUAUGGAUUAGCAACAUAUGAAUGUCCCAUGGAUUCAUACAAAACUUUCAUUCAAGUCUAUGUGAAAUAUAGUGUUACAUCACAAUGAAGUAAAUACAUUAAUUUUCCCUAAUAGUCAAUUCAGGUAAGUUAAAAUUAUAUCUGUGCAAAAUACUUUAAACUGAAGCAAUUUAACCUGGAGACAAAUUAUCUUGACGUGUAGUGUUCUAAUACUGUUUCAAUCAUAUUGAAAAUUUGACCUCAAAGCAGCCUAUUUUUAACCUUUAAAAAUAUGGUGGUGUUUAGAAUUUCCACUAUGGUUAAAAUGGCAUCAGAACACUUCUGGAAAACAGGAAGUUGUUUCAAAAAUUUUAAUGGGGCUUUUUCGCUGAAGAUGUUAUGAAGUUGGAACAUUGUUCAUAUUGCUGCAUAAUAAUAAUACACAUAAACUCUGUCCACAUGUUAAGGUUUUACUGCUAAUCUAAUGCAGGGUGAAGCUUUUUAACCAUUCCAUAGAACGCAUUUUGAAGGACCAAGUUUAACCAAUGCUGUUAUAGAGAA